CGCCAUUGAUUGGGAGGAGAGAAGAGAGGGAGGGAGAAAGAAGGCAGCAGACGACGCCCAAGGCCCGAAGCGGAGCACGCGUUCUUCGCCUCUCACCUCACGGGAGGCGAGGCGGGCGCGAGGCGACGCGAGGUGGGAGAUUGGAUUUGGGGAGGCUGAUCGAGCAAGGAAUUCCAAUUUGCUUGUUAAUUAGCCUCUCCAUCUCCUCCGAAUUUCCGGCUUGGUUGUUGAUCUUUGAUCUCGCGCUCCCCAAAUCCGUAGGGAUCACGAGCUUCUCCUCGGUUCCUCCCUGCCCCUAGGGUGCUCCGGCGCGGGGUUCUCUGUGAUCUGUCGACGCGGCGCGGACAGAUCACUAUAUUAUCCUCGUCGUACAUUCACAAGCUUGCUUGAAAGACUUCUUAUAUUCAUUCAAGUAUGAAGAAUGAUCGGUUAAUUUUCACCAAUCUUGGUCAUGGUGGGGUAUACUACAUGUACAAGUUUCCACCAGAGUUUCCAAUGUCUCAUGAUCUUGGGUUGAAUUUUGUUACAAAUGUUGGAAGUUUGUUGGGGAGUUCUCUUCAACAUCGCAGGCAGAUUUGUUCUUCAGGAAAUGUGAAGGUUCAGGAAGCAUUCACUUGCCUCAGGAAGUUUGCCAGAGCUUUCUAUAUCUGGUUUUCUAGAGCAUAUGAUCCCAAAAAUUUCCACGGGUUUUCACAUAUAAAGCAAGUGAAAUCUUGCAUGCAAAAUCUGGUGGGGUUGCAGUUCCGUUCUCUGAAAGAAGAGCAUGCUGUGCAACUGCUUUUAGCUAGGCUUGCACAUGCAACACUUGGACGACUGUGGAAUGAUUUUGAGCAGCAGCAUGCCAGCAAUCUUCUUACUGUAGCUAGUUUUGCUGCUAUCGUACCACCAGUUGAAAAUAUAUCUCCGAAGAUGCUUGCAGAGUUGAUGGCCUUGGGAAAUAUUGAUGGUUAUAUCAACAGACCAGUGGAUCAGCCUUACUUGGACGGGAAACAACUAAGUUGUCCUUCUGUUGCUGUGCCAACUCCAAUCUUUCAAGAAGAUGCAGUUGAACCAAAAACUGGAAUCAAGUUCCCCGCAAUCCUCGAAAAUGACUCGAGCCCAGCUACGACGGUACUAGUUGGGAUUGGUUUCAAAGGCAUGAGAAUAAUGAGGGUCAAAACCUUGAAUCUGUACGCUUUUGGUUUAUAUAUGCAACCAAAUUCCAUUUGUGAGAAGCUGGGUCCUAAGUAUGCUUCUGUCCCAACCACCAAACUGAAGGAUGACCCAGAUUUCUAUAAUGAUCUUCUGAGGGAAAACCUUCAUAUCAGAGUUAGGUUGGUGGUUAACUACAAUGGCCUUAGCAUUGGUGCAGUGAGAGAUGUAUUCGAGAAGUCACUUGGCCUGCGUUUGAAGAAGAUGAAUCCUGACACUGAUUAUCAUUGCUUGAAGACCUUUGGUUCUUGCUUCACCGAAGAUAUUCCAAUACCUGCUGGCACAAAGAUUGACUUCUCUCAAACGUCUGAUGGCCAGCUAAUAACGGAAAUUGAUGGCAGGAAAAUUAGUGCUGUUCAGAGUAAAGACCUUUGCAGGGCAUUCUUCGACAUGUACAUUGGCGAUUCGCCUGUCUCAUUGGAGGCCAAGAGAGAAGUUGCCCGGAACGUGGCUGGGCUCAUCAGCAGAUGCUGAUGAAAGAGGGGGCAGCCGGUCAGACAAUUCUUUCAUUCUUGUAUUAUAGCAAGGGGUGGGCAAAUGUGGAUAGGAAACUAGGCGAGGAAUCUUGGGUGUAUAUAUGGUGAGAGAUCUGUAACUUGUAAAGAGAAAACGGUUGUGCGCACACACACAAACACGCACACACACACGGGAGAUGAGCAUCUGCCUGCUGUGCAAGGGCCUCCAUUCCUUCCUUUUUGAUUUGGAUGGGCCUUUUGCCAUUUUGUAGAUGAGUCUCAAGUUGUAAUGCAUGAGGAAUUGAGGAUGCUUCUCCCAUGAGGAAAAUACGGGCCUUCGAAUCUUUUCGCUGGGGCCGCCAUUUGUGGGGCGAGUCCUUCUGCUA